UCAUCAAAUAUUGGCGCAAUGGUAAAAAGCUAACCAAGUGUGACCAUUAGUGGACCCAAAAAACUUGGAAGAAAAAAGUGUGGGAUCCAAGCUUUUAUGAAGGAAGAAACAUAGCACAUCAUAGUAUUGUUAGUUAUUGUCUGUUUGGAAGAAAUAGAAUUUAUCAAGAGCGUAAGAAGAGUCAAUUCUCUAAUUUAGCGAGAUAUGAUGAGUUUUAGUGGCAAUACUUUCUUCUGUUACCACUUUCACAGCACAUUUUCUUUCUUCUUCAUCUUCUUCCUUAUUUUUCUGCAACUUCUUCUGCUACAAAAAUGCCAAUGGGGUUGCGUUCUAAGCUCAGUUAUGGCAAUUCUUCUCUUCCUCGUUCUCCUCCUUACCUCUUUUCAUCUGUAUGUCUCUUGGCUUUCCUCUCUCUCGCUCUGCUCCUCGUUCUCAAGGUUGAUGACUUUGCUUAUCAAACAAAAACAGUUGCUGGACACAACUUAAAGCCCACACCGUGGCAUGUAUUUGAGCCAAAAGUUUUUGAGGAAGGAACAAGCUAUUCUCGAGCUACUAAAAUUGUACAAUGCCAAUAUUUUCAGUGUCGUUCUAAUGUCUUCCCCAGUCCCCCACAACAUGACCAGUCUAAACUGUCAUCAUGUCCAGAAUUUUUCAGAUAUAUACAUAAAGAUUUGGAGCCAUGGUCAAAAACCAAAAUAAGUUUAAGCCAUGUGUUGGAAGCAAAGGACUAUGCAGCAUUUCGAGUUGUAAUUGUUGGGGGCCGAUUGUUUGUGGACUUCUAUUAUGCUUGUGUACAAAGUCGCGUGAUGUUUACAGUAUGGGGAUUGUUGCAGCUUCUCAAACGAUAUCCUGGCAUGGUCCCUGAUGUUGAUUUGAUGUUUGAUUGUAUGGAUAAGCCUGCGAUGAAUAGAACCGAGCAUGGUUCAAGACCGUUGCCACUUUUUCGGUACUGCACUACCAGCGAGCAUUUUGACAUCCCAUUUCCUGAUUGGUCUUUCUGGGGUUGGCCUGAAGUAAACUUAGGCCCCUGGGAUACAGAGUACAGGGAUAUAAAAAGAGGUUCUCGUUCUAGAAGCUGGCCGAAGAAAUGGCCUUAUGCCUACUGGAAAGGGAACCCAGAUGUUGCCUCUCAGCUCCGCUCAGAGUUAAUCCAGUGCAAUGACACCAAACAAUGGAGAGCACUAAUACUUCGUCAGGACUGGGGUGAAGAAGCAAGAGCUGGUUUCAAGAAGUCAAAAUUAUCUAAUCAGUGCAAUUAUAGGUACAAAAUAUAUGCUGAAGGGUAUGCCUGGUCUGUAAGUCUCAAAUAUAUACUAUCAUGUGGCUCUCUUACACUGCUAAUAACCCCUCAGUAUGAAGAUUUUUUUACUCGUGGCCUUCUUCCAAAGAAAAACUACUGGCCAAUACCCCGUACCGAUCUAUGCCCAAACAUAAAGAAUGCUGUCGACUGGGGUAAUUCCCACUCUGCUGAGGCUGAGGCAAUGGGAAAAGCGGGACAAGAUUAUAUGGAUACCUUAAACAUGGACCGUGUAUAUGAUUACAUGUAUCAUCUCAUCGCAGAGUACUCGAAGUUACAAGAUUUCAAGCCGGUCCCACCUUCAUCGGCCCAGGAAGUCUGCAUUGAAUCUUUGCUUUGCUUUGCAGAGCCGAAGCAGAGGCAGUUCCUUGAACAGUCAGCUACGUCUCUCUCACCUAUGCCCCCGUGCAUUCUACCUCGUGCUGAUGGCAGGAUCUUGAAGAGAUGGAAAAAACUGAAGGAGAAAAUGAUGAACAGUAUCAUCAAACAAACUUAAAGCUAACCCACACUACAGAGAUGCACCGUUUAAGUCAUUGUUCAAGUUAUGAGGUAGCUGUUGUUAAUAUGGUAUCCAUAUAAGAUAGGAUCUGCUGGGAUGUUGAUACCUAUUGGCUAUUUGACAGCACACGAAAAAACGCUCCACCAUACCACAGUUUCGAAGUGUUCUCUAUUUCAUCAUCCCCUUCCUCUUUAAUGGUGGAUGUUCAUGUUGCUCAGGUAUAUAGCUCUUUGUUUAAUGCAAUCAUGAAGUAAUUUUUUGAUUAUUUGGGUAAUUGUAUGGGUAUUGUGGGAUAAUCGUAUCUUAAUUAGGAGGAUAGUUUCGGAAUAAAACAACCAGAGAUUGGACUUUCAAAUCCAAUCUUAGGGAUCAACUAAAAGCUCCUCGUGGUUAGGAAAGAUGCUCAUAACAGCAGCAAUAUUGAGCACAGUUUUGUACUAGAAAGCAGAAACGCUUGUGACAUAGUGAUAGUUGGUUGUCAUUAAAACUUUCUACCAUGGUGCAUAAGAUAUUGCAUCUUGUAUGUUCAUGCAUUCUUUUUUUGGAAGUUAUAAUUUUCCUUUUGUUUCGCUUAUAGUUAUUCAUUUCUCCCUUAGGAUUAUGUAUGUAAGUUUUCAAUCAUUAUGUAGUACUAGAUACUCUUCCUAAGUGAACUGUAUUGCAGUAAAAAGAAAACGAUUUUGUAAUGUAGCUUUUAUGUUUGCAAGUUUA